CAAUAGCAGCCGUUGUUCGCAGCUAACGCCAUGGCGGCAGUGCGUAGCUUACGGGUGUCGGUGAAAUCAGACAGCGGCUCAGACCGCUCGGAAUCAGAAUCUGACUCCGAGUCGGACAGAGAUACCCGCGAAGCCGAGCCGAUGGAGGUGGAAGAGGGAGAGCUGGAGGCAGAGGACAUAUCCGUCAACCGUUCCCUGAAGGAGUUGCUGCCGGAUACGAGCCGACGAUAUGAGAACAAGGCUGGAGCGUUCAUCACUGGCAUUGAUGUCAACUCAAAGGAGGCAAUCGAGAGGAAAGAGAAGCGAGCAAGACGUUUCCAUUUCUGUGGGGAGGAGAGUGUCGGUCAGAUGACUGUUUUUCUGGAUAAAGACAUCAUGAAGAAAGCUAUCCCCAGACUACGCCUGGAGGCGAUCCACGUGACUGGCGUGGACGACAUGAGCACACAGGAUGUCUUUGGAUAUUUUAAGGAAUAUCCUCCAGCACACAUCGAGUGGAUUGAUGACACAUCCUGUAAUGUGGUUUGGCUCGAUGACAACACAUCCGUCCGAGCCCUCAUCAACAGCAGCCGGAUGCCUGACCCGGAUGCUGCUACCACAGAGACGGAGUGCACCGACCAGUCUGACCAACAGAGAAAAGGUCGUCGGGGUCACGGUUCAGAUGACGAGGAUGAUGAAGAGGAAGAGGGCGAGGUGGAUGAGGAUGAGACAGCAAAGAAGAGCAGCGAGGAGAUUGAGGUGAAAGACAGCGAUGGAGAGGCGGAGCAGAAAAGAAAAGUGGCGGGUGGUCAGAUGGAGGACCUGUCCAGAGCGGAAAGAGAGUCUCUAUUGAGAAACGACCUGCGACCGGCCAUCAAACCCUUCAAAGGAAACAAACUCUUCCUGCGGUUUGCCACACAAGACGAUAAGAAGGAGUUGGGCGCCGCUCGUCGCAGCAGAUACUACAUGAAGUACGGAAACCCAAACUACGGAGGGAUGAAGGGAAUCCUCAGCAACUCCUGGAAGAGGAGGUAUCACAACCGGCGGAUCCAGCGAGAUGUCAUCAAGAGCAAGAAGCCUCUGAUUGGAGACAGCAUGGGACACACACCCCCAUACACACACCGACAUUCCGCUGACCUGGUCAACCUCCCGGAGGAGCCCAUUAAGGAGGAAGAGGAGGAGGAGGAGGAGGAGGAGGAUGAGGAUGGCGACGAGGACAUGGACUCAGACGACAGGGUGGUGGAGUACAAAGAGCGAGGUGAUCGAGAGAGAGGCGAAAGGGGCGGUGUUUCUCGUUCACUGGGGGCGGGGCUUCGCAGUCGGGCAGAGCGCUCUCCGUCUCCCUGGUCAGAGUCGGACGAGAUGGACUACGACCUGGAGCUGAAGAUGAUCUCAACACCGUCACCGAAGAAGAGCAAGAAGAUGACGAUGUAUGCUGAUGAGCUGGAUACUCACCUGAAGAGCAUCCGGAACAGGAUAGGUGGUUCAGGAUCACAGAGUAGGCCCAAAUCCACAUCGCCUGCCAAGGUGACGGAUGUCCGGCAGCUGCUGGAGGAGAAAAGACAGGGACUCUCUCAGCACAGACAGCCCCCCCCAGUGGCCGCCAGUGGAAAGACAGAUGUACGGCAGCGGUUGGGGAAAAGACGUUACUCUCCAGACAGACGGCGCUCCCCCUCCCCUGUCUCCCCCAGAGACACGCCUCCAGCUAGAGAACCAAUCCGAGACGUCCAUCGCAGACUGGGCGUGGCUAGCCAAGACAACAGAGGUGUCUUCUCCAAUUCCUCCAAAGACAGAAAGACAGCAGGCGGCCUGUGGAGCAGACUCGGCUCCGGUGGCGACGAGGACGACAGCGGCGGCGGACGUCACAAGCGCAGAUCAAGCAGCCGGUCGUCGGGCCUCUUCUCCUCCUCCUCCUCGGGCCGGAAUGACGACGACGCCGGCGAAGGCAGGAGGAGAAGAGGCAACGGAGAAGAGGAAGAGGAGGUGGAGGAAGAAGAUGACUCAACACUCCAGAAGAUGUGGGGCGCCAUGAUCAAACAGAAACAGGAGCGCCUGACCCACAAGAUGAAGAAGAGUCGCCUGGACAACCUGCCGUCCCUGCAGAUCGAGAUCAGCCGCGACAGCAGUGACGACUCGGACGCCUGAAGCUGAACCAGCGGUGGAGGAAGGAAACUUCAAAUCGCUCUUUUUUUCCAAGUACAAUAACAUACAGACAUGAAGCUGUCAGACCAGACUACAGAUCUGAGGCCAGUGUGAUGGGUUAUCUUUGAUCAUUUCUCAUUAUAUACCUGCGGUCCAUGGAUGGGUUACUGAAGGGGCCCACCAAGCACAGGCUCAGGGGCCCAAAGGGUCAAGGGGCCCCUGUUUGAAGUGACUUAAUAUUUCUUGUUGUCAGUUAAAGUAGAGAUGUUCAGAUCGGAGUCUCUUAAUAUUGAGAAUCUGCAAUCAAAUCCACACUCAAACUCAGUAAUGUACCUUUAAAAUGCCUAAAUUUGGUGUAGCAGUAUGAGUUUCUCAUAAGGCCUCUUUUCAUGUGUCUAAAUACUGAAUUUCGCUACAGUAUUUGAACCAAUGUCUGAGAGCUUAAUGAUGAGAGACUCAGAAUAACCACAGUGUGACUCACACAAUCCAGCCAAGAAUACCCCAAAUCCCAAAAUACAGUGUAAAGCUUGUACAUUUAGUUAAAAUCCCAUAAACGGUUGUUGGGGAGCAGCUACAUUUUUGCAUAUCUGUAUCCAAGGGCCCAGAAUAAGCUCAUGAUCCAUCCAGGCUUCUGUCGAUGAGUAUUAAAUAUCUGUGCUGACAACCAAUCGCCAAAAAAACGUAUCAAACGUGCAUAAUUUCUCAGUUGUGUUCUUGUCAGGACGUAACAGAGCAUCAUGGGAAACUCUCCCCUCAAACUCAAUCAGAUCCUCUUCCUCUCACUUGGCCAAGUUUUCAAAAAGCUGCUCUGUACAUCAUCAAUAAAUCAUUCCCGCGUUACUGUGGAGGUGUUGGACACUGCUGGCCUCUUCAUCUCAUAACUUCACAAACUGUGUGACGUGACAAGGCCUCAGGUGUCCCCUGAGAAUUGAACCCUGAACCCUGGGGGUCGUAUCGAUGCCUUGCUCGGGACCAACGCUUUGAGCUUUUCAUUGUCCGGUUGCAACUCAAGUCAAAUCCAGUGCAAAACUUAAUUUACAAAACGUGUGUCUUUACGUUGUUUCGCUCCCGUUCAGUCUGAGCAGAGCUGCGAUGCUCAGUCUUCUCUAUGGACAGCGAGGAGAAGCCGGAGAAAGAGAAGACUUGGGGAUCAAUAAAAGAUUCACUGUAAGAGUGAUGAGAAUGAAAUGAGAUCAGCCAGUCUGACUCCACCUAUACUCCACCUCUUUGCUCCAGACUUCUCAUUGUUUCUCUUCAUGUUGUUCCUCUAAAAGCUGAAAGAACUGUUGAUGAAACACUCUUACAAAAAGAGACAGAGUGUUUAUUUUCUGAUGGUAAACGUCCUAAAUGUGGAACUUUGUCGUGCAUCUUUUAAUCACCUUCUGUGUACGUCUGUUAUUGAGCAACAUCCCAGUUCCUUCAGACUGUUGCCUGUCUGUGUGGACACAAACGCUGUAUUUUACUUCCAACAGUUUCUCUGUACGAGUGUGCUCACAGGAUUUUUGUUGUCUUGUGUUUUUUUCAUUUUUCUUUAAUCAAACUUGUUGGAGGAAACACAAGUCAGGUGACAUCACUGCUGGUCAUAAAUUUAGAUAAUUAUUAAAAUGUUGGCUGACGCUUGAUUUUACAUGUCUCCAAUUUCACAAUAAUUACCCCUGAGUUUUACCAGAAAGAAUUACGUCAUUUGGUGGGAAAUGUAAAACAACUGGAGAAGCCUUUUAAUUGAUACUCUUCAAUGAAUCAAAUGAAUUCAAAGCAGGUUAGCUGAACACAUGAAAUACAGACAUUUGUCCACAAGCAACAAAUAUAACGAAUGUAGUUGCCAAUAAUGAGUAAAUAACUACUUGAGUUAAAUCUGUGCUGCGACUGCUACGUUCAUGAUUAAUUAAUCUGCUGAUUAUUUUCUGAAAGGCAUUUUUCAAGUAAAGAAAAACAAACCAUUUAGUGGCUGCAGCCUCUGAGAUUUGAGCAUUUACUGCUUUUUUCAGUCUGUUAUAUAUUUUAGUUUUUUGGUCAAAAUCAGCAAAUUUGCAUCAGCAGCUGUGCCACCAACAACUCACCACCAGGAUCAGACUAGUAAAUUCCCAGUUAUUAGUACCAAAUUACAGAGUUCUGUUUAGGAGACUUGAAAGAAACGAUUGGAAAAUGACGGACCUGUGAGAUGACGUGCUGCUGCUGUUGCCAGCUCUGACACUGAAACAUGUCGGAAGUAAAACAAGUUCAGUGUCGUCUGGAGGAACCGCAAGUUUAACUUAAUUUAAUCAGCAUUUUUGCAUUAAACCAAGGAUCAAACCAGGUCUGCCCUUAAAAACAUGCAGAACAAUGUGCGUGCGCAAUUAUCAGGAGAUGCAAAUUCACACAAAGUCAAUGGAAAGCAUAUAAAAAACAACAACACACAAAUACUGAAAUCUCUGGUGUGAAAUAACCAGAAGAUGAUUGAUAAAACACGUUUUCAGGGCAUUUAAAAGAAGGAAAAGAGGGUUUGGGUGAAUCUAACACAACAACAAGAGGAACAGGGCGUGUGUUUGAAGCAAUAUUAGACGUUUGUGUUUAUUUACAGUGAAACUAAAUGUUUGUCAUGGAUUCUGACAGGAACAAACUCGCCUUUGGAAUGUCAUGAGAAGUUUUUCAGUCAUCAGACACUCAUUUCUUACAGACAUUUUAGAAGAAACAAAUCCAGAUGUUUUUUUUUUCCACCUCACAAAAUUUCGUCUUUGUUGUCUCAAAGCAGCAGAAAGCAGAUGAUUGAACAUCUUAAGGUUUUUGACUUUUAAUUUGACUAAAACAAACCAAUUGGAAUCAUUUCUGGGGCCUCUGAGAAUUUCAGAUAAAUCUUUUUUUAAUGAAUCAAGAAAAUAUUCAGCAGAUUAAUCAGUAAUCUUUAGUUGCAGCUAUACAGCAAUGAACUAGAGCCCACCGACACAUCAGCAGACGAUUCUGACCUCUCAUGCAUGAACCGAUGUGCAGGUGUGUAUCUGAGGAUCAGACACAGUAAAUGUCAGCAGAGAAAUGAAAAUUCCUCCAUUCAGAAAUUAUCAUUUAGAAACAGAGCCUCCGUUACAGUUUUUCAACAAGAGACAAGUUCAUUUUUGGACUGUAAGCCGUCGCAAACACUACAUGUCUGGGUCACACUUAAUUGAUUUCCAGGAUCUUUAUCAAAAACACUUGUUAAAAACACAUUUCAGCUUAUGUAUAGUUUUUAAAAUAUCACUAUGGUCCUCGUAAAUAGACUAGUAUCAGUCAGGCAGUGAACACAUGCAGGAAUAAAAGUGACUGACUGCACCAACGGGGACUGUGGUGGAUUUUUGAAGCUCUGGUUUUUUGUUAUUCCAGAUCACAUCCUGGUGUGGAAGCCCUGAUCCUGGUGUCACAUAUCAAACAGCAGCACUUAAACUGAAUUAAAAUGUCACGUCUGCAGUAUUUGUCCUGAUGGAUCAGAUCAGUCUGACUCGAUGGAAACGUCUCCAGAAAAUAAAGAUUCUUCUGUUUUUGUA